GGUGCACAAGUGGUGUAGUGUGCAUGCGUUAACGCUUAGGCUUAGGGUUAGGGUUAGGGUUAGGCGUCUCUGAUUGCUCUUCUGUUCUCUCACGAUGGAAGGUGCAUCCAAGAUGAGCAGCCAGAUGGACCAGCAGCAACAGCGCACACCCUUCCGAGAAUUGCCUAGGAGGCCGAAGAUGCCCUUACCGCCGCGGUGGCUCAUGUUGGAUGAUACCAGCAGGAACAUCGUCAACAUACACAGCAUGGUCAACGGGGUAUGCCAGCUGUACAGGCAAGAGGAGAAUGCAACCAAUGAGUUGAUCCGGACCUUCGAGACACGGGACGACGACGUGUUCGUGUGCACAUUCUCCAAGUCGGGCACAACCUGGGUGCAGCAAAUAAUCACACUGCUGCUCAACGGGGGUGUUCAGGGCGAGAAGUCCUACAGCGAAGCCGUCCCGUGGAUGGAGUGGCUAACGUUUAAGUUCGGGGAGCACGAAGACCCUGCCAUCCGGGACGCCGAGGCCAAGGGCUGGACGCUCGCGACGAUAAAAUCCACUCCGGACAGACGAUUUAUGAAGACUCACGCCAACCUCAAAAACCUUCCUGCUGGAUCGGCGAAGGGCCUCAAGGUGAUCUACGUCGCACGAAACCCCAAAGACGUGUGCGUUAGCCUCUACCACCACGUCAAGAACAAGCGACCGGAUACUUUCAGCGGAGAGUUUUCGGAUCAUAUCCGCAGUUUUGUCGAGGGAAGUCAGAUGAACGGUCCGUGGUUUGACCACGUCUUGGAGUGGUGGGAGGCGGCCAACGCGGAUCCCGAGCACAUCCUGUUCUUGCACUACGAGGCCAUGCUGGCAGAGCCACAGGAACACAUACGGAAGAUCGCGGAGUUCGCUGGCAUCAAUUACACGCCGGAUAUCCUUGCUAAGGCGGACGCGGCUUCGUCUUUGUCGGCCAUGAAGCGAAACCCUAAGACGAACUUGUACCCCUCGAAGAAGCACCUGCGGAAGGGAGGAGCAGGGGGGUGGCGGGACUCAUUCACGGUGCGGGAGUCGGAAGCGUUUGACGAGAUCUACCGGGAGCAGAUGGAAGGAUCCGGUCUUCGAAUGGACUUCGGGGAGGGAUUGGUCAUGUGA